CAAAAAGAAAACACCAAAAAACACAGAAAAAUUAACAAAGCACAAAAAAGCACAAUGCGUUGUUGUCGUGAGAGGAAGAUUAUAGUAUGGAGCUUGUGUUUAAUAUUUUAUCUUUCUUACUCAAUACUUGUUUGCGUUUCUUCUCGUGCUACGCACCAGUGCCGUCAAGACCAGAGGGAUGCUCUUUUGGAGUUCAAGAGCGAGUUCCAUCUUAGUGGGAUGGCUGCUAAUGAGAAGACAAGGUGGAUGAACAACACUGAUUGCUGUUCUUGGAAUGGUAUCUCUUGUGAUCCUAAGACGGGCAAUGUUGUUGAGUUAAAUCUCUUGGGCAGUUAUCUCAAUGGCCCUUUAAGAUCUAGUAGUGGUCUGUUUAGACUAGAACAUCUUCAGAGCCUCGAUCUUAGCACCAAUGAUCUUUCCGGUAUUCUACCUGAUUCUAUUGGCAACCUCAGAAACUUGAGGGUUUUGAGACUUUUUGGAUGCAAUUUCUUUGGAAAGAUUCCUUCUUCGCUUGGGAAUCUUUCUCACCUCACUCAUCUUGAUCUUGAUGGUAAUGACUUCACCGAUGAACUACCAGAUUCGAUAGGCAACCUAAAGAAACUAACAAAGUUGAUAAUUUCAUCGAGCAAGCUCAGUGGGAAGUUUCCUCAUGUGAUACUCAAUUUGAGCGCGCUCACUACGAUCAACCUUAAUUCCAACCAGCUCGAAGAUCAGCUCAACUCUCCAUCUUCCCUCACCCAUUGUAUCAUUGGCUCUAGCAGGCUGCAAUAUUUCUGA